CCUCUAGAAGUUUACUGCUCAUUAGAGCAUAGUUCAAGGCUGCUGUACGGAUGUACAUUGCUAUAUAGGACUAUGCUUAUAUUUCAAACUUAACAUAAAAUAUUGUAUGUAACGUAUGUGUACAAAAGAGACUGUCUCAUAUUUUUCAUCACUGCAGUAAUUAGUUACAGCUGUACAGUAGGAAGUCAGGCGCAUCGGGCAUUACGCGCAGCCAGUUCCAAAAGAAUCAGGAAGUUUCCAAAUAAAAUCUGUCACUGUUACACACUCUGAAGGAUGGCAGAUAAGGAACUCCAGAGGGUGAGGAAAGACUUUGUGGACAAAGUGUCAAAAGAAGGCAUUAAACAACUCCUGGAUGGUCUUUUGGAUGAUGGUGUAUUGAAUGAUGGGGAAAAAGAUUCAGUACUUGAGGAGAAUGUUAGCAGAGCAGAUAGGGCACGCUGUCUUAUUGACAUAGUUAAGAAAAAAGGCAAUCAAGCUAGCAGAAAGAUGAUUGCUCAGCUGCAGAGCAUAGACCCAACCCUGCACUCUGAGUUGGGUCUAUCCAGUGCCCAGCCUCCUCAGCCAGUAGGUGCAGUGGCUCAGAACGUAUUAGCUCCAUCAGUAUCCACCGUAGAAGAGUUCUGGAAACUUAAAAAGGAUGAUUCAAAUGUCUACCCUGUGACUCAGGACUCCUUUAGGAACCGUGUUGCGCUACUUAUCACUAAUAUGAAGUUUUCUGAUGAGAAAAUGGACAGAAGAGGGGCAGAGAAAGAUGAGGAGAAUAUGGAAAAACUGCUGUCAAGUCUGGGAUAUGAGGUGGUGAAAUAUACAGACCUAACUGGAAAGGCGAUCAAUGAUGGUUUGAUUCAGUUCGCUAAACAUCCUAAAUUAAAACAGACCGAUAGUGUUUUUGUGGUUAUCAUGUCCCAUGGGAAGCUAGGGAAAAUUCUUGGAGUUAACUGGAAAGAGGACAAUCCAGAUGAAUUUCCAAUUGACAACAUUUUCAAACACUUGGGCUCUGAGAAAUGUCCUGCACUAAUAAAAAAGCCAAAGAUCAUCAUCAUACAGGCCUGCAGAGGAGAACAAAGAGGAAGCGUUCUGGUCAGUGACAGUCCAAAUGCAGCUGCUGAUGUUCCACAACCUGAUGACUUUGAAGCAGACAAGAUUCAACUUGUACACCAAGAAAAAGACUUUAUUUGUCUUCUGUCCUGCACGCCUGACACCGUGUCAUACAGACAACCUGAUCGUGGGUCUAUCCUCAUCCAGUACGUUGUGGAGUCUUUCAGUCCAGAUUCAUAUCAGGAUCACAUUUUUGAUCUCUUCCAAAAGGUCAUGCGGCGUGUUGAAAGCUUCACGAGCAACAACAAACUUCAGAUGCCAACUAUUGAUAGAUGCACGCUGAUAAAGAGCUUCUACCUCUUUCCAGGCCUCCUGGGCAACAACAACACCAAUCACAAGGAGCUUUCCAGAGUGAGAGGGAGAUUUGUGGAAAAAGUCUCAAAACCUCUAAUUAAGCAGCUGCUGGAUGACCUUUUGGAAGAUCGUCUGCUGAACGAUGGGGAAACAGACUCUGUGCUUGAGGACUGCUCCGGGAAAGCAGACAUGGCUCGCUGCCUCAUCGACAUGGUGAGGAAAAAAGGGGACAAAGCCAGCAGGAGGAUGAUUGAACAUCUUGAAAAAAGAGAUCCUACACUUCACUCUGAACUUGGCCUCAACUCUAAACCAAUGGCAGUUCCAGCUCAUCAGAAUCAGCCCUCCUGGUCAAACACACUUGUCACCACGACCGACUCCUUCUACAACGAAAAACGCAAUUCUAAAGAUGUCUACAGCGUGUCAGAGAGUUCCCUAAGAAGCCGCGUGGCUCUUUUAAUCACUAACAAAAAUUUUAAAAAUCCAAGAUUAACCAGAAAGGGAGCUGAGAGAGAUGAGGAGAACAUGGAGAAACUGCUCCUAUCCAUGAAAUACGAAGUGGUGAAGCACAACGACCUCACUGCACAGGGGAUGAAGAAAGCUCUGGAGGAUUUCAAAGAGCAUCGAAAGCUCAGAGACACAGACAGUGUGUUUGUGGUAAUCAUGUCUCACGGAAAACGGGAAUUUGUUCUUGGUGUUGACCACAGUGAGAAACAGCCAGAUGAAUUCCCUGUUGAUGACAUCUACAAAUACCUGGGUCCACAGGAGUGCCCUGCCUUGAGGGACAAACCAAAGGUCAUAAUCAUCCAGGCCUGCAGAGGAGCUUCUGGGGGGUCUGUGAUUGUUAGCGACAGUGCUUCAGCUGAGGUGGUCUCAGAUGAUGUGUCACAAGUGCCUGCUAAUUUGGGCAACAUUGUUGACGAUGCAAUCAAAUACGUUCACAAAGAAAAGGACUUCAUUUCCCUCCUCUCCAGCACUCCUGACACUGUUUCCUACAGAAGAGAGGAUUUGGGUUCCUUCCUGAUACAGUACAUUGUUGAAGUAUUCAAGACCUGUUCCCAUCAGGACGACAUUGAUGAACUUUUCAGAAAGGUCAUGCAGCGCUUUGAAGAGUUUCCUGAUGAAACCAAAAGACAAAUGCCAACCAAAGACCGAUGCACUCUCACCAGGCGCUUCUACCUUUUUCCUGGUCAGUGAGGCAGCAUAAAAGUUCGGUAAACCCAUCAGUUGUUUAGCUAACAAUGCUAAGUAUUCUUGCUGUUUGAGAAAAACAAAACAAAGAAAAAAAACCCAACACCUUUUUAAACUAAUAAAACCCCUCUAAAAGACACUAAACAUAAUAUCCUUUAAAAUUCAGUGAGAAAAAAGGCCAAUGCGGGGCUAACUUCUAUUCUGAAAUCAUUUAGGCUGGAGUGAAUGGGGUAUUUUUUAAAGGAGAAUACAUGUACUUAAAUUUGAUUUGAUAUCAUUUGGAAAGUUAUCUUUUUCUACUGUUGUU